GUUAUUAGUAGUAGUUUGAGUUCCUCAGCCCGAGGCCUCCCAGGCUGAACAGAGCUGUGAUGUGGGGCAGAGAAACGGACUCGUUCCCCUCCGGUACCCGCUUUUCGGGGCGGGCUGGUUUUCGAAGGCGAGACAAAGGCGCUGCAGCUGAUUGGCUCUCUUUAUGCGCGAGCUCACCGUCAGCUCUCUCGCUCAGUCCGCGCUCCAUUCACAUGUAAAUGAGGCUCCAUAAAUGCGCCCAUAGUCGCGCACUGCUGCACAAUACCCGCCUCGCUUCUCAGCACCGUGUGGAGACCUUUGUUUCAGACUGCGCUCGCCGGCCAUCUGCCCUCCAUUCAGGAGCCGUAACGGCACUGCGGGCUUCUCUCUCUCUCUCUCUCUCUCUCUCUCUCUGGAACAGCAGUAUGGCCCCUGUCUCCCGCAAUGGCAAGCGUGAGGAGGACUAUUAUGGGAUCAAAGGAGACAGAAAGACGAGGAAGCCUUUGGUGGAGAAGAAAAGACGCGCCCGCAUUAAUGAAAGUUUACAGGAGCUGCGCCUGCUAUUAACCGACUCAGACGCGCAGACAAAGAUGGAGAACGCUGAAGUCCUGGAAAUGACGGUGAAGCACGUGGAACGCAUCCUUCAAAACAGAGCCAAAGCAGCUGACAGCAUGAACCGUGAAGCGAGUGAGCGUUUCGCUGCCGGUUAUAUUCAGUGCAUGCACGAAGUGCAUACGUUCGUGUCCAGCUGUCCAGGCAUCGACGCCACCAUCGCAGCGGACCUGCUCAACCAUCUGCUGGAGUGUAUGCCUCUAAACGACGAAGAUCGCCUCCAGGAUCUGCUUUCUGAUUUAAUGGGAGACUGUGGGAACGGUGGGGUUUGGCCGGCUGAAGGGAUGGACACCGUGCUGUCCCCACGCGAAGGCAGUGCCACGGCCAGACCUUCAGAUCUCUCACUGUCUCCAUCCAGCACAUCAACCGAAGAUCUUACCUCGGACACCGACGAGACCGACACCGAUCACAGUCACGUGGACACCCGGGACUCUCAGGAUAACCUUCCCACUGUGUUCUCUUCGAAAUCUGUAUGGAGGCCCUGGUAGACCUGGACUAAUCUCUUCAACAUAGCAGUGAGAUGUAUGCAACAGAACCUGUGUAGCUGUUAGUGCCCAAGGUAUUAUGUAGUUCAGAAAGACUGGACAUGUCUGAGAUUUUAGCUGGGAAAGACAGAGAGGUGUCUGUAACAGUUCUGAAAAGCUCUUCAUGGUGAAACUUAACAACACUGCAACAUCAGCAACUUUGUAGCGUAUUUAAAUGUUUUUUUAUAUAUAUAUAAGAUAAAUUAAGAUUAUACUGUUCUGGUGAGUAUUUCUAGGAAGUGCUUAUCUGUAUCUUAUUAUUGUAGAGAAAAUGUAAAUAUUU